GAACCCUUCUUCUCCGGUGACAACACUAAACCCCAGGCGGUGACGUUUCGACUCGCUUUUGAUUUUCCAUGGAUUCUCAGUUUAUUUCUUCCGGAGAUCACAGGAUAAGGCACAGAUGCGUUGCUUGCUACAAGAUGUUCAAUAGACGCGAACACCUCGUCGAGCACAUGAAGGUUUCGUACCAUUCAGUUCAUCAGCCUCGAUGUGGGGUUUGCCUGAAGCACUGUAAAUCCUUCGAAUCUGUUCGGGAACACCUUAACGUUCCGGACCAUCUUUUCAAGGGAAACUGCAAAACCAUUUUCUCUGAACGAGGCUGUAGUCUUUGUCUUCAAGUCUUUGAGGAGGCCGCUGCUCUUGCUGAGCAUAUAAACAAGUGUCACCUCUCUCCACCUCCUCCUCCUCCUCCUCCUCCUGCAACAUCUACCCAACGGAAUCAGGUUAAUCCUUCUAGGUCACAUGGUGCUUCACGUCUCAAGGCAGUGUCAAUUGACUGUGAAAUGGUAGGUAUUGGUAUUGACGGGUCUACUGAUCAGUGCGCAUUUGUUUGCCUGGUGGACGAAGACGAGAAUGUGAUCCUCUCCACUCACGUCAAACCACUAAACCCUGUCACCGAUUACAGGCACGAGGUAACUGGAUUGACCCCGGCAGAUUUGAAGGACGGUAUGUCUCUUCAGGAUGUGCGAGAAAAAGUUUUGGCCAUCUUGUGCGGCGGACAUAAUGAUGGCGCUGGGAAGCUUCUUCUUGUUGGUCAUGACCUUAGGCAUGAUAUGACUUGCUUGAAUCUCCAAUACCCUAGCCAUUUGUUGAGAGACACAGCCAAAUAUGUGCCCUUGAUGAAGACAAAUCUUGUAAGCCAAUCGCUCAGGUACCUCACAAAGUCAUAUCUCGGAUACAAGAUCCAAUGCGGGAAGCACGAGCCUUAUGAGGACUGUGUAUCUGCCAUGAGACUGUACAAGAGAAUGCGGGAUCAAGAGCAUGGGUUAAGUGAAGAAGGGAAUGGUCUGAACUCGUGGAAACAGAGCGAUCUAGAGAAGAUGAAGCCGGAAGAGCUGUACAAAAACUCCAAGUCAGAGUACCGGUGCUGGUGCCUUGACAGACUCAGCAAUCCAUGAAAUGAAAAAGAAAGCUCCUCCUCCUCCUCCCUUAAGUCUCUUUUUGUUUGAUGGGUGGAUGAAGAUGACUUUGUUAAGGGCUUUCCGGUUUGUUUUUGGAAUGAUUUGAUUCAAAGCUUCUUGUUCAGAAAAUAACUCUCCUCCUCCUUCAGAAGAAACUCAUAUAAAAAUUGCUAGUAUAUUAUUA